CCAGAUAAUAAUUCCUCCAAGAGAAGAAUCCUUCCAAGAGAAGAAUCCUUCCAAGAGAAGAAUCCUUCCAAGAGAAAGGAAUCGACGUUGUAUGCAAUCGAAAGCGUAAAUCAGAAAAGCCGAGCAUCUGAUAGUUGUCUGAAAUCUGCAAAAUUAAGUUGA